AUGGCUGCAAAGCCUGCAAGAUCUAAUCUAUAUAGCGGUUUAAGAGUAGGGGCUAGAAACUGGGAGCAUUGCGUCCUAUAUAUGCAAGGAGAGAGUCGUUUAAUUGUUCCCCUCAAGAAAUUUAAAAUGCAAUCUCUAGAACGAGAACCAUCCAAUAUCUACUUUCUAUAUUUUUCUUCCUUUCGUGGAGCGAUAUAUUCUCUAGAGUUGUUAUUAAUAGUUAUCGUUCAGGUAGAUGGCAGUAACGUAUCCGUUUAUGAAGAUCGCACUUCCCGCUUCUUUCCUCCUCAACCUAGGCCCCCGAAGAUGCCUGGACUAGUUCCUGGCGACAGUGGCUUCACGGAUGAUAGCGAGGAUUCAUUCCAGGAGCUGUCAAAUUCAUCUAGUCGGCGAUUUAACAUUUUGUGUAGUGGGGAUAAAGAUGGAAACAUCUGCUUCAGCAUAUUUGGCAUAUUUCCAAUAGGAAAGAUAAAUAUCCACAGCGUUAGUCUUUUUCAAUUGCAUCAUAGCCAUCUUAAUUGUCGGCUCUUGAGUGCGUCUAUUCACAAGGUGGCACUGUCAAAAGACCUUUGCAAUUUAGUAGUUUUAUGCUCAGGGGAAGUUGUUGAGCAUGGGAUUGAAUCAAAUGGUUUACUCGGUUUUCAUAGUCUAGUUCUCGACACUUCCAUAUUUUGGAACAGGAAAAAAGAACUGUAUCAGGUGGCCCUACAAGCUUCAAGCAUUGAGGAUUUGACUGAAGUUAUUCAAACAUCUUUUUCAGUCAUGUCAAAGCAGUGGAAUGAUGCCAUGCGUACAUUCCAUGAGAAGUUUAAUUCUCUAUCCACAUUGAUAGCCAACCAUGGACUUGACUCCACCCCUGAAGAGGAGUUUAUCAGCCUUCUUUGUGGAGCUAGGAUUAGUCCACCACUUCAUCAAUUUUUAGUACAAUCCAUUGGAGAAGCGGGUCUCAAACGCUUGACAAAAUUGGUUUGUGGUGCUGCAAAGGAUCUUCAACAGAUUUUACUAGAUCAUGUUCAGCCUGCAGCAGAAAUUAUAGUUUUUAGAAUGGGAGAGCUUAGAGGUCUUUCCAGAUGGCGUGCACGUUACCACAAUAUUGGUUUAGAUGAGAUAUUAAUUGAGAAUGCUACAGAGAAGGCUGGGAUGUUGCUUGUACAAAUCCAACGAUGCAUGAUUAUUCUUUCCUCAGUAACACAGCAGUUCUCUAAUUUCUUCAGCUGGCUGCUGAAAUCUACAAGGACCCUGCUGUCAGAACCAAGUGAUCAGCUUCUACCCUUCAGUAGUGAACUUGUCAUCGUAUUCUUAAAGUUUCUAUACGAUCAAGAUCCAAUAAAGCAGCUGCUGGAGUCAUCUGAAAUUGAAUGCAAUAUCGGAGUUGAUUUGGAAACAGCAGAAAGAGUGAAAGAAUUGGUUCAGUUUGGAGGGUUUUCUGAUACAGAAUACUUGAGAAGAACAUUGGCUGAAGAAUUUCUUCAAAUGGUGUCUAGUUUGAAAGAAGCCUUUGACAUGCCUUUUUCAACUAUGUCAAAAAAGAUACUUUGCAAGGAUUUGAUCCCACUUUUCCCCUUGGAAUCUUCUCAGAAAGAUGGUCCUUCCAAUAUUGCAGUUUCAAUAUCGUUUUACAAGGAUUCUGCAGAUGAUUGUUUAAAUCACGAGGAAUGCCAAGAGAGAAUGACAGGGUACAUGUUGUUCAAGAUACCAGACAAAUCUUUUCCAAAUAUCUCAAACUGCAUCGGCAUUGCAAGGGGGUUUGUUCGUGGUUUUGGCAGUUCAGAAAAUGAAGAAAUUUCUUUAGAGGCUGCCCUCUUUUCGGUUCCUGAUGGCUAUAACUGUGUGGACUUGUCUCUAUAUAAAGAGGGUCAGAUUAUUCUGCUACUGAAUGAAACAGCUUCUAUUUCUGAGAGCACCGGAAGUUCUUGUUUGAUGCUUGUACAAGCAUGCGACCUGCCUUUUGUAUCUCUUCCAAGUUCCAGCAAUCUGAGCUCUUGGAAACUUGAUGAACUUGUGGAUUCUGUUAUGUGCUUGAAUUCAGAAAAUGAAAGGGUGCGGGGAAUUCUUCACUCAGCGGUUGCUCCAUUGGCAGUAAGCGCAUCUAGAGGAGUGGCUUGUGUUUUCGCUGCAAGAAAACGGGCAUUGGUUUACAUUCUAGAGGAAGAUGAGGAUGAAAUGUCAGAUUCAGAAUGA